UAAAUGGCAUGACAUAUAAUCUAAAUGCAUGGUUUACUAACACGAGAUGAAGAUAUGUUCUGGAUUAUUAAUUUAAAAAUGUCGUUUUUAAUUCCACUUCCGCCUUCUGGCAGAGUAAAGAUGGCGUCAAUGUAAAUGGUGUUUUGUGUGGAGACAGGCGCCGGCGAGUCGCUGGAUCAGAUUAGCCGACUCUUUAUGGAAGUAUGUGCUGUUAAGUGAAGUUAGACAUGGAGUAUUUCGGGAAUUUCAUACAGCUGAGGAAAAUUCUCUGGAAUAUUUAUCCAAGAAGGACUUUUCUCACUUCUUUUGUUAGCUAUGAAGGUUCAAGUAGUUAGCCUAGCCAGAUACCGGGUUAGCAAGCUGGCUAAUGUUCUAGAUAGAGCAAAACUAAACUUAUGCUAACUAGCUUUCGAAUUAGGUUAUGCUAGUUUAGAUGGAUACUAUCUACUAGUCGUAAUUUACACUAAUUUUUUGUUGUCGUUUAAUAUAUUUGGCUGGCUUGUGUUCAAAGCUUGUGGCUCUGUUUUAUUGGUCCUUGGCUUGACUGACAGGAAGUUUACUAUGUUAUACUAUAGUAUAAUGCUUUAAUUGUGCACUUAAUUAAACCGAGUUUAGCAAAGAAGGUUCUAGAAAGAGGAAGAAAAAACCAGUUUCCCUUCACGGUCAGUGGGACAAAAUCUGAUUUUAAUGGAUAAAAUAGGUGUGAAAGAGACCUUCAGCUGCUUGGUCAUGGUUCUUCUGGCUGUUGCUCUCUUGAGUGGCAUUUUGUAUGGAGUUGCUGCUCAAGAAGGUCAGACCAUGUCUGCUGAGGAAAAGUCCAAAAUCAGGGAACAAAUUUUGGAGAUGUUUGAUCAUGCUUAUGGCAGUUACAUGAAACAUGCAUACCCAGCUGAUGAGCUGAUGCCACUGAGCUGCAGAGGGAGGGUUCGAGGGCUGGAGCCAAAUCGUGGAGACAUCGAUGACACUCUGGGAAAGUUCUCUCUGACACUCAUUGACACUUUAGACACACUAGCGCUGUUGAACAGGGUGGAGGAAUUCGAAGAGGCUGUGAAGAAGACUGUAACAGACGUCCGACUGGACAAUGACGUGGUGGUGUCUGUUUUCGAGACCAACAUCCGUGUGCUGGGAGGACUGUUGGGGGCGCACGUGAUGGCUGACCUGCUAAAGCAGAAGGGAAGGGGGAUGCAAUGGUACAGAGAUGAGCUGCUGCACAUGGCCAAAGACCUCGGCUACCGCUUACUGCCUGCCUUUAAUACCACCAGUGGCCUUCCGUACCCAAGGGUGAACUUGCGCUAUGGGGUUCUGAACCCUUUGUCCCGCACCGGCACUGAGACAGACACCUGCACUGCCUGUGCCGGGACCAUGAUCUUGGAGUUUGCUGCACUAAGCCGGCUUUCGGGGGAGUCUGUGUUUGAGGAACAUGCACGGAAAGCUCUGGAUGUCCUCUGGGAGAAGAGGCAAAGAGGAAGUAACCUUGUAGGCACAGUCAUCAACAUCCAUAAUGGAGAUUGGGUCCGCCGAGAUAGUGGUGUUGGUGCUGGAAUAGACUCUUACUAUGAAUACUUGAUGAAGGCGUACAUUCUGCUGGGAGACAAUGUAUACCUCGAGAGAUUUAACACUCACUACAGUGCCAUAAUGAAGUACAUCAGUCAACCGCCUCUGCUGCUCAGCGUGCACAUGCACAACCCCACGGUGAACGUGCGCAGCUGGAUGGACUCCCUACUGGCCUUCUUUCCUGGACUGCAGGUUCUAAGGGGAGAUCUGAAGCCUGCUAUAGAGACGCAUGAAAUGCUUUAUCAAGUCACCAAACAGCACAAGUUUCUUCCUGAGGCUUUUACCACCGAGUUCAGAGUUCACUGGGGUCAACACCCUCUGCGGCCAGAGUUUGCCGAGAGCACUUACUUUCUUUACAAGGCUACAGGUGACCCGUAUUACCUCAAAGUGGGCCAGUCUAUAGUUGAGAAGCUAAACACGCACGCGCGGGUUCCCUGUGGCUUUGCUGCAGUGCAGGAUGUAAGGACCGGUACACAUGAGGACAGGAUGGACUCCUUCUUCCUGGCUGAGAUGUUCAAGUACCUCUAUUUGCUCUUCUCUGAGAAGAGUCAUUUGCCUUUUGAUAUCGAUGACUAUAUCUUCACCACCGAGGCUCAUCUGCUCCCGGUCUCUCUGUCUAAUGCACAGACUCCCUGUAAAGGCAACAGCACGGGCCUUUACACUGCUCCCGAGGAGGACAUAUUUACAUAUGCUUGCCCCAGUGCUCAGACCCUGUUCCCUAAUAACCCCUCCUUUGCCAAGACCAUCAGGGACCGUUACAAAUACCUCACUGGGGUUGGUAGACCACCCCAUACCUCUUCUGUCAGGGGGAUCGAGCUGCCUCUUCAUGACUCUGGAAUUGAGCCGGUCGAGUUCCUGAAAAGCAUGGGUAUCUCUCUUACACCUCUUGCAGAAAUCGCAGCGGCCAGCGGUGGCUCGGUGACCCAGGACACCCAGAAAGGCGUAUUUAGAGUAAAGCUGGUAGCCGAGGUCAGCCAUACACCUGAAGAAGAGUUGGUGGUGCCACUCAUCGUGCAGCUCAUCUCCCCUCCAUUUUUGGGCAGAACGGUCCUGACAGCAGGACCAGCUAAAUUUGGAAUGGACCUUACCAAACAAGAGCAUGGGGUCAAGGGUAGUAUAGUGAAGAGCAUUCCAUAUACAGCAUGUGGACAAAUAGAGAAUGCAUUCGAGCUGCAGGGCCACAUAGCUGUAGCUCUGAGAGGAGACUGCAUGUUUGCUGCUAAAGCUCGACGAUUACAGCAGGCGGGGGCCAUCGGAGUCAUCUUUAUCGACCAACGAGAGGACAGCAGCAGUGCUGAAACCCCUCUGUUCCAGAUGGUGGGAGACGGAGAGUCUACAGAGGACAUCACGGUGCCACUGGUCUUUCUGUUCAGCCGAGAAGGGGCCAUCCUGACUGCUGCCCUACAGAAGCACCAUAACAUAGAUGUCCUCCUUCUGCCUAAGGAGAGGCAGCUGGGGAAGGAGAAACUGAACAUCAAGUUCCGGCUGGCCAAAGAGAACGAGCAUGAGGUGAUGGUGGGAGAUAGAAAUACCAUCCGGCUGGUGCUGGAAGGAAAGAUGGAGCCUGAGGUAGAAGCUGAGCAAGACGCAGCGUCCCAAUCCCAGUACAGGGUGUUCUCUGCAGGGGAAAACCAGGAGUCCUGCAGUGCACAACACAAAAAUCUCAAGAAUGGCCCAUGAUGCUGGAGUCAGAUUAGUGCCACGGCCUCUUCGUUCAUGCCCAGGCUGCUGCUAGCUUGUGGCUGAUCCAGGAUCAGAGAAUACAGCAAGACCUGGUCCCAGCUGAUCGACCACGGAAUCUCACGUGGACUGGACCGAAUUCUCCUCUCUUAUAUUGAAGAAUGGAGUUUCACUGGUGUAAUUUGUAGCUAUUGGGACAAUGUAUGGUAUAGAGCAAAGUAGGAGAGGUAUGCAAGGUUGUAGUCCUACUUUCUUAUCUACUGCCAUGACACACAUGCACUGUAGUGUUUGGGAUUGAUUCAUCUAAGUGGUUAAGAGGUGCACAAUGGGCAGUGAGCUACAGUAGGACACACUCGGGCUGCAACAGUCCCUUUUUUUUUUUUUUUUUCCCAGUCGCAUUUAAUUUCUGUCAUUUAAGGAUUUUUUUUUUUUUUGUCUGUCAGAUGAUUGUAGAAAGGGUUCCAUGGGAACAGCAAAGGAUUUGUUCAGCGUUCUGUUUAAUUGUUUACUUAUUUUAAUGAGGAUGCUUGAAAUCCACACCACUAUGACUAAGGUCACCUAAGACCAAGUCAGAAACGUCAGUGUUGAAUACAUAGGGAACAUAAUGGUUACACACACAGGGAAGAAUGGGCCAGCACGAUGAACUUUUUUUAAGUUCAAGCACAUUUUAUUUUUCGAUACGGAAAUCAGGGAAAUUAAAGUCCUAAGACUUGAACAUGUGCGUACAGAACGUCAUGAGGUGUAUCUGUAAAGGCUUCAAUGUUCUUUACACUAUGGACUGCCCUUGUGCCAACAUUUGGUUUGUGGGUUUGUGUCCAGCUCACAAACCACUAAUACAUUUUGUUCCUGUCUCACAGAAUGAAUGAUGACUGAAGUUUUUGGUGUUCAGGUAAUUGAUGUUUGUUUGUUCUCAGACUUGUAGCAGUUCAGUUUGAUUUGAUCCUUUUCCAGCAUUAGGCGGUUCCUGGUUUACUUUUACUCCCUUCCGUUGUACGUCCUCGUGUUAAACACUAUAAAUUUGCCAUUACUUUGGUGAGACCUAGAUCAGGGGUAUACAACUAAAAUUUAUAAGGGUUCAGUUCCAGAACAUUCUUUAUUUAGUUGUAUAUCCAGGCCUUUCUAAGGUGGCUGAAUGGUGGUGAUUUUAGUAAGUUUAUUGCUGUAAAUAAGACGAUUUAGAGUGGAUAUGUUGUUGCAUAAUGGCACUUUAUUCCACUUUUAACUAGCCUUGUGGACCUUGAACAGAUGAAACAAAUCUUUUGUUCUUUAAGUUGUUUUUGUCACCCCACUUUUUUUUUUUUUUUUUAAUUAAACAAGCCAUGUUCACUAUAACGGUAUGUUAGAGCCCUUGUAGGUUUAAAAAAAAAAAAAAAAAGGCGGAUAUGGGGAGUAAUAUUCUGAGAAAAUAAUUAAUGUCUUACAUUUAUGAGGGGAAAAAAACCCUCAGGUGUUCUCGGAGAUUUAUAAAGUCAUGAAAUUGCAAAGAAAAAAAUUUUGAAGAUUAAGAAGUCAGAAAUUUAUGAGUCAGAACCAGAUCACGUCACUGUGCAAUACAGGAUCAACAUCUCAGAAUAUUAUCCCAUUUCAGGUGUUUUUUUUUUUUUUUUAAAUAAAUAAAUGCCGGGCGGCACGGUGGUGUAGUGGUUAGCGCUGUCGCCUCACAGCAAGAAGGUCCUGGGUUCGAGCCCCAGGGCCGGCGAGGGCCUUUCUGUGUGGAGUUUGCAUGUUCUCCCCGUGUCCGCGUGGGUUUUCUCCGGGUGCUCCGGUUUCCCCCACAGUCCAAAGACAUGCAGGUUAGGUUAACUGGUGACUCUAAAUUGACCGUAGGUGUGAAUGUGAGUGUGAAUGGUCGUCUUUGUCUGUGUGUCAGCCCUGUGAUGACCUGGCGACUUGUCCAGGGUGUACCCCGCCUUUCGCCCGUAGUCAGCUGGGAUAGGCUCCAGAUUGCCUGCGACCCUGUAGAAGGAUAAAGUGGCUAGAGAUAAUGAGAUGAGAUAAAUAAAUGCCUACAGUGGCUCUAAUACCCUAUUGUAGUUCACGGCGCCGACCAGAGAUGGUGAAUAAAAUGAAAACUGAUGGAAAUCCUGUGGGGAAGAAAAAAAACAAAACAAAAACACCUCUCUUCAGAGAUCAUGUCUCCAGCCCUGUAGCUCAUCUCUGGUCUGAUGAGCUGCCUUCAGCUAAAUAAAUAACACGCAUGCAUAUGAUUUUUUUUUUUUUUUUUUUUUUUUUUGAAUAAGCCACAACAGAGGGCUGAACUACAGCCCUCAGUAUUCCUACAGGAUUUCUUCAAGUGUUUGUUUGUGGUCCCCUGAAACAACAUUGGGUCCAGAUCACGUUCAACCACUUGACGGCCCCUACACUAGAGGACAGGAGUAGAUCAGGCAUUCAGCAGCUGUUCUAAUUACCAACAACUGUGUGUGUUUGUGUGUACAUGUUCAUAUGCUUGUGUUCUGUAUGAAUCUGAAACCAGGGAACGAUCAAACGGUACCAUUAGUGGUAGAGCUUUGUCGGUCUCAUUUGUAACAUGGAUAAGCAGAAAUUGUGGAACACACACGGAGACGAUUUUCAUUCAGCAGCCUUUCUUGUUUCCUGCCUACCUGAGAAUACAAUACUACAGAAAAUUGGAUCUGUGCAGUAUAUUCUUAAUUAACACUUGCAUCCUGACGUAUGGAUGGGAUUGGAUUGCUGUAUUCCUGCAGCUGUUCUCAAGUGAAUGCCAUCCUGUGUUUCCAUAAAGGACUUGAUGACUAUUUUAUUAUUCAGAGUUGACUCAUAAUGUAUAAAAGAAGAUCUUUUAUUCCUUAAUAUAUUUUAUAUAUCCGAGACGAUGUUGCUGUAACUGGGGAAUGUUGGUUUUUAAAGGCAAGGUGAGAUGCUGAGGCAAGUGCCAGUGUGAGGAGAGACCCCCUUUUUAUUUUAUUUUUUUUCCUCCCCCUUCCUUCUCAGGUCAGUCCUUUUUAAAUAUUUUAGUAAUCCUCAGUUCUUACACUAUCAUUAGUGUAUUUGCUACUCAAAUGAAAUCAAGGUCACUUUAUAAGGGGUGGAGAAAAAGAAAAAUGGAUUUGAUGGAAAAAAAGGUUAAAAUAAAUUUUUUAAAAAGGUGAUUUUAAUAAAAAUCACGUUUUGAUUCGAUUAACACCGUGAUUGAUUGAUUUAUUGCUAUGUUCUGUCUUUUAUCAUGUAUCAUUUGUACCACAAAACGGCUCACAGCUGAUUUAUUCUAAAGUUUGCAGAAACCUGCUGUAGGUGGCGUUGUAUGAAUAUUAAAUGAUGUGUACACAAUUAGGUUUGCAUUUUGAUAGUUGUGAUUCGGAACUGCAUAUAACAUGGUAAAAAUGUGCAUUCUUCCUGAAACUUAAGGAUGCGAUUCAAGAACAAGGACGGUGAGGUUUCAGAAGGCGGGAUUCCCAAGACGAGACCCUGCUGAUGAAGUGAGCUUGGUCACUGGUGAGGAAAAAGGUUGCUGACGCAAGGUGUGGAUUGUUGAAUAUUCAUACUCCUAUGUGGUCAUGAGUUUAGCUGCUUAACAAUGUAAAACGCUUCACAAAUGAACCUACUGUCGUAUACCAGAACUUUACAUAUAUUCUAUGGAAUAUUCUAUGGUACAAUGGUGGUGGGAGUCAACCUUUCAACAAGUACAC